UGGCAGCGUUUAAGUUGAGGGAGCAACAGAGGUUAAGCGGCACUAUGGCGCUACGGUGCCAUGCGGUAGCAGCGCAACGGCAAAAUAUCUCGUAGAACAAAAACUACCGCGCUGCCCAGAUAUUGUCACGAUCAUUCUAUAUAAUCAUGACUCGUGACAUUCGCCGCUACGCUGUCGUCGAAUAAACAUAUUUCGUUAGUGCGCGGCGGUCGUACACGAGUACACGACCGUGGUUCAGUGAAGAAAGUAGUGUGUUAUUACGACGGUGACGAAGACAACAAACCAGACACGGGAGGAGCAUCGUUGAAAACUAGCUUUUCGGCUCACUCGAGUGCCGCGGGCAAUUAUUCCUCUUCGCACUGGUGCGAAGAUCAGUAGCUUAUAACGAUAAGGAGAAAUGGCCGGUUUCACGGAGAGCGCGCUCGUGAAAAAGCUAAUGGAGCUCAAUCCUUCGCAGCAGAGUAUCCAAACACUGUCGUUGUGGUUAAUACAUCACAGAAAGCACCAUUCGACCAUCGUCAAAGUUUGGUUUAAGGAGCUUUGUAAAUCCAAGGAUAAUCGUAAAUUAAUGUUUAUGUAUUUGGCAAACGAUGUUAUACAAAAUAGCAAGAAGAAAGGUCCAGAAUUUGGUAAAGAGUUUGAAACGGUAUUACCAAAAGCAUUUGACCACAUGAAACGCUUUGAUGAAAAAACAAGAGAAAAACUGGGUAGGCUAAUAAAUAUUUGGGAAGAGAGAGGUGUUUACGAUAAAUUGCAAAUAAGCGAAUUUAAAGCGUCUUUUAAUUCCUCUUCUGAACUUAUCAAAGACCCUGGAACACCUCCACCUAAAAAAAAGCCUAGAGUUGAAAAUGAAAAGAAGGAGAAAAAGGAGAGGAAAAAAUCAGAGACUGAAGUUGAAGUGGAUGGUACCAAAGAAUUACAUGUGACAUUAAGUCCUCAUACACCGGGUGGUGAUCCACCAGAAACUGAAGAACUCAUCAAAGCCUUAAUGGAAUUAGAAAAUACAGCAUCAUCCGAUGCUCCAGUAAGAGAGCGAAUAGCAUCUCUACCACCCGAAGUAUCCGAGGUGUCUCUUCUCGCAAAUUUAGCUGAUCGCACAGCUGCCGACCAACUAAGCGUCGCUGUAAACGAGGCAGCAGCUUUGCUUGCCGAUUAUAAUGGUAGACUACAGGCUGAAAUGGAAGACAGGAGACGACUCUUAACGAUGCUUAGGGAUUAUACGGUAGCACAGCGUCAACUACUUCAACAAGCUCAAACAACACUAGAGGACUACAAAGAGAAGUUGAAAAAGAUUUGCACUGUGCGAGCAGAAGUAAAAUCUCACAUUUCUAAUCUUCCUGAUUUGACACAAUUGCCAGAUGUCACGGGUGGACUUGCUCCUUUGCCGUCAGCAGGAGAUCUUUUCUCUUUGCACCACUAAGCCAGUACGUGUAAUCAAGAAUGACCAAUUGAACUUUAACUUCACAAAUGUGAGGUUUCCUAGUUUUGUGAUGUUAGUCGAUACUAUGAGAAUUAAUUGUUGUCCUUCCUCUAGCACGCGUAAGACUGGACACGAACGAAUUUUUAUAAAACAAAAUGAAACUAUACGGGAUAUAAUUUUAUUGCUGACAUAAAUGAGACGUUUUUUAACAAAAGUUGAUCCUGCGAUUGGAUCUAGAUUUAUAAUUGUACGUUAUGGAUAUUAAACACGACGAGAAUUAUCCGAGUACGUGUUGCACAAGAAUACACAGGCAUAAAUCAACGGUAUAUAUUUAAUAAAAAUCGACUAUUUAAAGACUUCACCAUCGUUAAAAUAUAAGCCUUCGUUAAGCGCCUAGAAGGAGACAUGAAGUAAUCUGAAGAAACUGCUCGGUUUCUGUAAAAUAUAUAAUGAAAAUUGAUUUAAAAGAGAAAUUUUUCAUGUGAAAGAUUCUAUGAGAGCUUAUUUUAUUUAGCAUGUGGAUAAUUUACAAUUACUACCUCUCUCAAGAAGUAAUUAUAAAUGUCAAUAAAUAUAUGCUACAGUAAUUCAGUUAUGUUAAUACGUAUCAGUUUUUAUUCAAUUGGAAGCCUAAUCACUUACUAUGUAACCUUUAAUAAGCCUUCAAAGUGUUAAAAUAUUUUGUUAU